AAUCCUGGCCACGGCGGCGAGGGCGUAUUUUCGUUGCGAGGGCUGCUGGAUGCAGAGGACAGUGGCAGUUGUUGGUGGUGGGAUCAGUGGCCUCACCGCCUGCUACCAGCUGGCCAGGAGCCCCAAUGCUCCCAAGAUAAUCCUGCUGGAGGGCAGUGGCCGCCUGGGGGGCUGGCUCCAUUCCACUCGAACUGAGGACGGGGCCGUAUUUGAGCAUGGCCCCAGGGGGAUCCGACCUGCUGGGAGCGUGGGGAAGAACACUCUGCUCAUGGUCUCUGAACUUGGCCUGGAUGCAGACGUGCUUCCGGUGCCCGGCGACCACCCGGCUUCCAAGAACCGCUACCUCUAUGUGAGCGGGGCGCUGCAUAGGCUGCCAUCCAGCAUUGGCGGUGUUCUGCGGACGGUGCCACCCUUCACCAGGCCCCUACUCUGGAGUGGACUGCAUGAGCUGGCUGCCCCCCGGGGCACCCAGUUGGAUGAGACCAUCCACAGCUUUGUGAGCCGCCGCUUUGGAAAGGAGCUGGCCGACAUCGCCAUCGACAGCCUGUGCCGGGGGGUGUUUGCUGGAGACUGCCGGGCCCUGAGCGUGCGCUCCUGCUUUCCUGCGCUGUUUGAGGCCGAGCGGAGGCGGCGCUCCGUCAUCCUGGGGAUGGCCUUGGGUGGAGGGAAGGGCCCCGCCCUGGACUCAGCACUGAGCCGCAGGGCCCGUGACGAGCGCUGGAGCCAGUGGUCGCUGCGUGGUGGCAUGGAGACACUGCCCGAGGCCCUGCAGGACUUCCUCAGACGGCAUGGGGUGGAAAUGCACUGCCAUGCCCGUUUGCAGCGUCUGGAGAGAACGGCAGCUGAGUGCUGGCAGAUCACCCUGGAAGAUGGCAGCGUGAGAGCAGACCAUGUGAUCAGUGCCAUCCCGGCCAGAGCUCUAGCGGUGCUGCUCCCCAGCUGGGCCGAGCCGUUGGCCCAGGAGCUGCGCGGCAUCGAGGCCGUGUCGGUGGGUGUGGUGAACCUGCAGUACAACGGUGCCACGCUGCCCAUCACGGGGUUCGGGCACCUGGUCCCCUCAUUCGAAGAUCGCUCCCUGCUGGGCAUCGUCUACGACUCGGUCGCCUUCCCGGAGCAGAAUGGCACCGGUGGUCCUUCUGUCCGGCUCACGGUGAUGCUGGGAGGUGCGUGGUUCGAAGAGGGCUUUGGGGACCCAGAGAUGGUGCCAGAGGCAAGGCUGCUGAGCUGUGCCAAGGAGGCAGUGAGGGCACACCUGGGCCUGGCAGCCGAGCCCUCCUGCACAAUUGUCAAGGUGCUCAAGGCCUGCAUCCCCCAGUACACGCUCGGCCACUGGCAGAGGACAGAGACCAUCAGCCGUUACCUGGAGCGGGAAGGACUGCCACUGAGCCUGAUCGGGGCCUCCUACCAGGGUGUCUCUGUGAACGACUGUAUCUACAAUGCCAAGAUGGCGGUCACCCGGCUCCUGGACCAGGCCCAGUGAUCUGCCACCAGGCACCCACCACUUACACUAACUCUGCUUCGAGUGGAGCCCCUGGCCAGACAACGAGCUCUCAGUAUGAGGAGAGGCUGCCUCCUGAGGGCUGGAUUCCUGCCUAAGUGGCCGACCGAUACGGGGGGGCGCGAGAUCUUCAUGCCAGCCAGACGCACCCUGGAGACAACAGGAGCAUAUACGCUUCAGUGCGGCGCCCUGCGCAGGGGCUGCAGGAUCCAUCCCUGCUCGCUGCCACGGCAUGGUGCAGCAGGCUGCAGGGCUAGAUCCCUACGCUGGGGGCCAGGCAGCCAGGGAUCAGCUCCCGGGACAGCAGAGGGAGCUGUGCUCCAGCAGGUGCAGCACCAGCCAGGAGUCACCUGAUUCCAGCUGUGGGGAGAGCCCUGCCACCAAGGAGCAGGUUCUCUCCCCUUGGCACCCAGGAGCCAGCUGCACCAGUGCAGGCAGCAGGCCAUGGAACCGCUCAGCAGAGCACAGGACAGUCACUUCGUCCUCAACCCGCCAGCUCUGCUACAGCUACAGACCCGCCUCCUUCCCGCUGCGCUGGGCCUACCUGAUCAUGGCUGGCAAUGGCAGUGUGAGAAAUGAGCAUGCAAAGAGUCCCGAGAGCCAGGAGUGGAGAGAAGAGAGAGAUGAUACUGAUUUGGGGUGAGCGCUGACACGCCGCCGAAGUACUGGGCAUACGGGAGGCUGGAGGAGAGAAGAGGAGGGUGACUGAGAUGGCUUGAGAAAGGAUCCUGGCUCAGAGACUACCCCCAGCAGCCAGGCCCUGGGUGCCAGGAUUCCCUUGAUUAUCCCUACAAAAGGUUCCCCCCCACCCACCCCCACUCUCCUGCUGGUAAUAGCUCACCUUACCUGAUCACUCUUGUUACAGUGUGUAUGGUAACGCCCAUUGUUUCAUGUUCUCUGUGUAUAUAAAUCUCCCCACUGUAUUUUCCACUGCAUGCAACCCAUGAAGUGAGCUGUAGCUCACGAAAGCUUAUGCUAAUAAAUGUGUUCGUGUCUA